CCACCCCUCAAUCCCCUCGCCGCUCUCCUCCACAGUCGCGCCACACGCACUGUGUCAAUGUAAACGCUGCAUAAUGAGGUAAUGGCCUGCUAAUGUCUGACGGAUCCGGUACCCGUGAGACGGCGGACCUAAAUUAGAAGGUCUUGGAACUAAUUACGCAACCCACGGAGCGAGGAAGGAGGUCGUGUGGAGGACCUUGCAUCCCUGGGAGAGCGAGAGAACGGGGAAGGAAAGGAAAGCUUCAGGUUGAGGGGUGAGACUGAGGACGAGGUGAAGGAGGGGGAUGGGGUGUGUGGGGUAGAGGUCCGAAGGAUGAGGUAAGGGUUCUGUCGAUGGGAGGGGGAGGGGCGGGAAAUAGCCGGACGCAGUAAAGCACCACCACUGCAGCGUCUCACAUUUCCCCUCCCCAUCCAUGCAGACCCUGCGCGGGACUUGAUAUUGCUUGGCAUGGCUGCUGCCUUGGACCUUGGUGCCUCGCCUCGUACUCUUAGGACAUAUUAGCCUCAGUAGCCUUGGAAAUGAGUUAUAGUUUCCGUUCCCGUUUGUUUCCUUCGCUACUCAGGUGUUCUCGGUGAUUCUGGUUACUUUGUCAUUGUAAUUGGUUCCAUUUCUCUUGGUGCUUCGUUUCUCCUCUUCUAUUCCAGUGCUCUUUUCCGGCAGUCUGUCUCCUUCCUGCCACUGUUUGAAGCACAAUGUGGAGGGUGACUCAAAGGAAGCCUCGUAGCUCAUCACGCUCUUACCACUGCCCUGUGUGUGUGUGUGUGUGUGUGUGUGUGUGUGUGUAACCCCCGCAUCAGUAUCACAAUAUUUUAGAGAGUCCUCGUCUAUCCGUCACAAAUCUGAUCUCGGUUAUUAGUGGUCACUCUUGUAGGUUUAUCUGGCGAGGUGCCCUUCAUAGGACCGCAAUCAAGGGACAGGAAAGCUGACGCAUGCGCAGAGCAGAGGCGGUUUGUUUACGGCGGCAUAUUACCUGGCGGCGGAGACCCCUGGAGCCAGUGCCGCGCCGUGACCACCGUAGACAGUGGCAGUGAGUGUAGACUCCUGGCAGAGGACGGACGAACAGACGGAGCCUAGUUGUGACUACCUUCACUUGGGGACGGCGGCGGCGAGUUGACGAUGGCGUCUAGACUGUAUCUCCUGGUGGUGGCUGCGUGGACGGGGUGGGCAGCAAGCCAAGAUAUGGAUUACUGUAAAUUUACGUCCGAGCACACAGCGUGCAAGUUUUCUGGACGGGGCCCUCGCUGCGGGCCUCAGGUGCGGGGCAGUGGAGUGAGUUCUGAGGACGCCGCCGUCAUCGUGGCGCUGCACAAUGAACUCAGGUCGAAGGUGGCCCGCGGAGAGGAGACUCGAGGAGCGCCCGGACCGCAGCCUUCCGGCGCCAACAUGAGAGCCCUGGCGUGGGACGAGGAGCUCGCCACCGUUGCACAGCGGCACGCCGACCAGUGCGUCUUCGAGCACGAGUGUCCUGACUGUCGCCGCGUGGACAGGUUCGGAGUGGGCCAGAACCUUUUCAUCAGCUUCCAGAGCAACCUUGACCUCAGGAUACAGUGGAGCCGCGCCAUCCUCAGCUGGUUCGACGAAGUGGCAGACUUCCCGAACACCAGCAUCCAUCCCUACCAGUUCUCGCAGGCGACUGGUCACUACACGCAGAUGUUGUGGUGGGACACGGCGCUCAUCGGGUGCGGCUUCACCAUGUUCCUGGAGGACGGCUGGUGGAAGAAGCUGUACACCUGCAAUUACGGUCCAGCGGGUAACAUAAUCUUCAGCCAAAUGUAUCUCCUAGGCGCCCCGUGCUCUGCCUGUCCUGCCGGGACCUCCUGCUCCCUCCAGUACCCGGGGCUGUGUGAAGGGGAUGCCGAUGUCAACUCUACCUCUGUGGCCUCCAGCACCAUCCUGCCGCCCACACCUGCUGAGGACGAUAUCAACACUAUCCUCGGGGACUUCAAGGGCUUCACUGGCUUGAUUAACCUUAACAGCAUCACUCCAAAUGACGUUGACCUUCAGGCACUGGUGGAAUUUUUCAACAACUUGAGACGGACCAAUCUCAUCACGGCGCCGACCACCACACCAAUUGGCGGGCAGGCCACGACUGCCACGCCCACAUCGCCAGUGCCGCCCUCAACAGAAACUGCAGCUCCUACCACUGUUGAUACUACCACCACCUCCAUGACAGCCACCACCGAGCAGCCUCUGGAGUUCCUGUCUGUGACAACCAAAAGUCCACUUUCCACCAGUUCAGCGUCCAUCACUGCCUCCCCUCCCCCACCACAAGAUGAGACCGUCGCGCCGUUCGUCACCAGCCAGGUGGCAUCCUCCUCGCCCAUACUCGCGGUGGAACCUGAAGCUGAGCAGAUUAUGUCAGUUCUGGAGGCGCUGAAGGCUUCUGAAGAAGGCACGCACAUGGAGUCAAGCGAGCACAACCACUCAGGCUUGACUCUCAUGUCCAUUUUGAUGCGAGCGGGAAGGAAUACGCAGGUGAUUCGCACCUCCUCCCUCAACAAUGUGCACGAGAUCAUCCAAGGUCUACCCCCGGGCGUCGACCCCAUCGUGGUCCUCAGAUCGCGGUCUGGUGAACUGACGGAGCUGGACCCCACUUCCCUGACGCCACGCCGCGCUCACCGCUCAGCCUCCAACCCCGCCCGCCUGCUCACCUGCGACAUGGACAUGUCACCCUGCACUAUGAGCCUCGCUGGAGGGAACUGGACGGUGAUGAAAAGCCUCGGUGAAGGCCACCACGCGGAGAUCGAACUUGCGGAGGGAGACAAAACGCAAAUUAUAGUGAAAAAGGUGGUGAAGGCUCCCCCAGCUGGGACGGCCUGUGUUGCCUUCACGCACCGCCGGGACGUGCUUUCCACCGACCCAGACACCACCGCUGCCGCCGCCACCACCGCAGCCGCAGACAACACCAUUCCGGAGCUACAGGUGGGCGUGAUGCCACUAGGGAGGCAAGCGACCCACAAGGCAGUGCUGGGGGUGCCGGGGCGGUGGGAAAUGAGUCGCUCCACCUUCCGGGACCUGAACAGCCCCUUUGUGGUGGUGGUGAGCGUGGGCCCCGCCGCCAGCCCAGCCAAGUUUGCCCUCGACGCCCUCAUGGUCACUGACGGGCCCUGCUGCCUCUCCGGCCGCUGCUAGGCCCACACACACACACACACACACACACACACACACACACACACACACACACACACACACACACACACACACACACACACACACACACACACACACACACACACACACACACGGCAUUAUAUAGACCACUUUCCAUUUAGACUCGUAGUGUUAUUUAUUGUUAA